GUAUGUACAGUCUGAUAUAAAAUGUCAGUCGGUGCACGUGUGUGACCAGUUGGCAGAAUACGUCAACGAUACCGGUGAAUGUGUGUUUUCGGAGAAAAGUCUUUAUUUUUCCAUCGAGUAGUUUAGAUUUACCGUGUCAAUGGAGUAUAUUUACCGAUUACCGUUCUUAGUCCUGGAAGUGCCUAAUUUAAAAUUAAAGAGACCGUCCUGGAUGGGGAAACCUAGUGCUAUGGUAGUCUUCUCCUUCAUUCUACUCUCGUACUUUUUGGUGACAGGAGGAAUCAUAUACGAUGUGAUAGUUGAGCCACCCAGUGUAGGAUCCACGACAGACGAACAUGGUCAUACAAGACCCGUAGCAUUUAUGCCAUAUCGCGUAAAUGGGCAAUACAUAAUGGAAGGUUUGGCGUCUAGUUUUCUCUUUACAAUGGGAGGUUUAGGCUUUAUUAUAUUAGACCAAACACAUGGUCCCUCAACACCAAAACUUAACAGAGUUCUUCUGAUAUGUGUUGGAUUUAUCAGUAUAAUCGUGUCGUUUAUCGCAUGCUGGAUAUUCAUGAAAAUGAAACUUCCGGGGUAUCUGCAAUCCUAGAUAUAAGCUAUUACAAACUCUACGGAUAUAAUAAACAUCAUUUUUAUAUCAUUCAGGAUAUUGUAACAGUAAGUUGCUGAUUUUUGUAAUAAAGUGCAACAAAUCAAAUGACA